AUGAAAUUCCGAAAUCGAAGAGAUGUUUUUCAAUUUAUGGCUGUAACAGGAAGUAUUAUCUCAUUCAUAGCGAGCAUCGUGAUUUCUCUUCUCUCAAUUUUCUUCGUCAACUGAAGCAAGUUUUCAAUAUCCGGUCAAAGUUUUAAUUAUUCGCUUCUCCAAUGCACAGAUUGUUCAAGCGAGUUUUCCAAAACCUUCUACACUUGCUUAUCACAGCUAUCUUGUCCUGAUAGCUCAGAUUUUUGUGAUAAAGGUAAAAACGUCUAUUAUGCGUUUUCUAUAGUGAUUUUUUGUGAAAUUUUUUCAGUAACUUUUAUUUGCUUUUUAUUAGAAAGAUUGGUAUUCAUGUUUUUAAAAAAGGAUCAUGGAAAAUCUUGAAUAUUUUAUGUGCUGGCCCCUUUAAUUUUGGUUUCAAAAUUAGUUGAAUUAGGAUGCUAUUUUGGGCUUACAGAAUCGAACUUAAAUGGAAACUGUGACGCAGAUAAUGAGAUUUGUAAUGAAAGCGGCCCUUUAUUGAUGGUUAUUUCUGUUUUUUUGACUAGCAUAGGGGGAGCAUUAAGCUUAGCUCUAAUAUAUAAGAUUAAAAGUUCAAGAGACAGUGUAGCUUAUAAGAGAAAUGAAGAAAUAAUGGCAUGGUUUUCUCAGAGAAUUUUCCCAGCAAUUCUUAUAAGCAUUUUAUUCAUUGGACUCAGCUUUGGAUUUAACUGGAUAAGUUAUCAAGAUAAUAAGCAGAAUUACGGAACUCUUCUAAACUUGAAUGAAUUUAAAGACUUGCCAAUAUUUAAUGUGCCAGCCUCUUCUGUAGGAUGAUUAAGGCAUGCAUAGGCUUAUCUUUUAACUCCUUCCCUUGUUGCUGCGCUGACAUUCCAAAUACCACAUAUGGUGCGGACGUCAUGAAUGUGGACGUCACCAAACGGUAAGGACAAUCCGAAAUUUCAAAAACCACUUUGUUUAGCCAGAGAUCACACACUUCCUCACACUGUAUUUGACUCCUGCGCAUGUUCCAUCUAAGGUUCACCCUCCUCGAGUAUGUCAAACGGUAAACUCCUAUAUUUCCUUAUGUUUUAGAUUAUAGAUAAAGGUAUGUCAGAUAAACCGAACCCAUAAUAAUAAGCACCAAGGAGGAGAAAGGGCUUUUGAAGAAAACGACUUCUGUGCAUAGCCAUUUUAUUACUAUGAAUGAAUUUAAAGACAAAAGCACCAUGAACUACUCUUGUAUAAGUGGACCGACGUGCGCACAAGCAAUGGGAACUCCUCAGCUGCAAAGAUAUUGCAAUGCUUUUGAUAGAGUUUAUAACGCAGGAAACACUUAUAUUACAAUGAUCACAAUUUCUCUACUAUUUUUAUUUCUCUGAAUAGAAGGCUUACUCCAUAGGGUUUCAUAUCAAAAUUUAUUUCAUAAAAAAUUGUUUUGUUUGCUUGGCCAAAAUAGGGAUUUUUCCAAUGGCUUUGUUCGCUCACAGAGGGGGAGUUAAUAUAUACGAUUUUUAAUUCAAAAUUCGGGAUUUCUGAGUUAAACUAUGUCUGGCCAACCAUGUGUGUUUUAUUCCAUUUUAUGGGGACUGUAGGCUGGUUUACUAUUUCUGAUGGAAGUUUCUCUGCUAAUUGCAAUGUCGCUUCAGAGGAUACUGACAUAUCAUUCUGCGCAGAAAACGGAGCAAUAUUUAGCAUAAUCAGUUUGAUUUCUCUAUCACUCACAGCAAUAUUUUACUGCUUUUUAUUUUAUAAACAUGAAAAAGCAAAGUCUCUUGUACAGCCUAAGGCAACCAAAAUUGGAGGUCUAAAGAAAAUUAUAUUGGACGACCAGCCAAUCAAAGACGUUCAUAUUGAAGAUCUUAAUGACACAAAGUGCAUGGAUCAGUUUGAUAAUAGAAAUAGCUGCAAAAUUGAAGCACAAGAAACUUAUAUUUUUGAUGAAGCUAUUUCACGUAAAGCUAGUACUAUGGAUACGCAGGAAAAUGAUUUAGAAGUGAAUCCUAAAGAAAAGUGUGGAAGCUGCAAGAAAAUUAUUCAAGCAAAAUCGACGAUUGUAGGUGAAUGUGGACAUGAAAUACAUAAAAAUUGUAAACUUCGGAGGGAUGGAGAAAAUCGGUGUGCAAGAUGUCCUAACUCUUCAUCCUUGAUCGAACGAUUUCGUAUAAUUAAGAAAGAAACCAGCUACCCUAACCUCCUAUAAGCUAACUUCCUAUCCUUAAUAAUAAAAAUAUUAGAGAUAUUACUGUAUAACUGCUCACUCCCCCCUCCGUGAGUGAACAAAACCAUUAGAAAAAUCGCUAUUUUUUGCCCAAAAAACCCACCCUCCAUGAGUGAACAAAAAUUUUUUUAAUAGAAAAAUUUUUUAUGGAAAAAAGUUUUAAUAUAUAAAUGAUAAUUAGUAUAAUGAAAUAUAGAGCUAAUUCUGUUUAAUUUUAAAACAAAUUGCCAUUUAAAACAUAAAUUUUGCAAAUUAAAUUAAUAUUUGCUUUCCAAUUUUUGCGAAUCCCCCUCCGUGAGUGAACAAAAUUUUUUUGUUCACUCACGGAGGGGGGGAGUCAGAAUCAUAACUGAUGUGAUUUCUAGAAUAUUACUAAUAUAUUAAUGCUCUAUAUUUUAAAAGCUCGACCAUAAAUCUUCUAUGUGGGAAAUUUUUUUAUAUAGCAAUUAUGUAAGUUAAUAAAAAUGUAUAUAUAUAUUUUUAACCCAAUCCUUGAUCGAGCUCGAUCAAGGAUUAGGAGUAAAUAA